GUUUGGACGCGUCACUUCCCCGAGAAUGGCAGCGGACCUAAGGAAAUAACAAAAGUUAUUGUGUGAUUUAAUAAAAAUGAUAGCUUUAAUUUGCUGCAAUAGUUAACUGAUUUUUAGUCUUCCGGAAGAAAGGUGCGCCUGAGGUUUUUCUUUGAACUCUGAACAAAUAUUUUAGUCACAAAAUGGCAAGUUGUGAGAAGAAAAGUACUGAGUCUGCCGAUUUACUGGGAAGCAUUGACUACUUUUCCAUCCCUCUGGUUGCACUGAACUUCUCGGUGAGGAAGAAACUAGCUCUGUUCCUCAAUCCGAGAGCUGUAGUGGCAGCGGACUGGACAGUGCUGGCCGAGGAGAUGGGCUUUGAGUACCUGGAAAUUAAGAACUACGAAAGAUUAGACAAUCCCACCGGAAAACUCUUGGAAGAUUGGCAAGUCAAGGAUGGGUCUUCUGUGGGAAAAUUAAUGCAGUUACUCCGAAAGAUAGAACGCGACGAUAUUCUUGAAGACGUUACACCAGAUAUUGAAGCAAGCUGUCGACGAUACCUUAAUAAACCAGUUCAAGUGCAAUCAGUGGAUAGCAGUGAGUCCAAGACCCUAAGACCAGGAGGAAUAACAAUAAAAGAUGACCCUACAGGAGCUGCACCCGAGUUCUUUGAUGCCUUCAUUUGUUAUUGUCAAGCUGAUAUUGAGUUUGUCCAUGAGAUGAUCAAGCAGCUUGAGCAGUCUGAGUGCAAACUGAAGUUGUGUGUAUUUGACCGCGAUGUGCUGCCAGGGUCAUGUGUCUGGACCAUCACCAGCGAGCUUAUUGAGAAAAGGUGUAAAAGAAUGGUGGCGAUAAUCUCGGAUGACUAUUUGGUCAGUAAUGAAUGUGACUUUCAAACAAAGUUUGCUCUGAGUCUUAGCCCAGGUGCCCGAGACAAGCGCCUGAUCCCUGUCAAGUACAAGCAAAUCAAGAGGGAAUUUCCAAGCAUUCUCCGUCACAUCACGUUGUGUGAUUACACAAACCCAAGCACCAAAGCGUGGUUCUGGAAGAGGCUCGCCAAAGCACUCUCACAACCGUGAGAGGAGACCCUAGAGGGAUCGGAGGUACUCUAGGUGAUUAUGGUGAUUACACUGUAAGAAUGAAGACGGUUUCGGGUUCUACCACAAGCUGAUUCCAUUAAAUCUGUUCCAAAUGACCAACUCUGGUAUCUUGACUAUACAUUACUUUCUUCAGUAUUAAAAGGAUUGAGUCUCUUCUCACUAGCGAUGCAGAAGAAAAAAUGUAUUGAAUAACUUCAAGAUACAGCCAAGAUCCCAUCCUUAAGAUGCAAAGCUAUUUUGAGUGUUAAAUUCAGCACAUUUUGCUUCAUAUAGAAACAAAUCCACCACGUCUAUAAAGGUACUGUUGUCACACAUAGUUUGCCUAGAAUAGUGUCAGCUUUCACAUUUACCUCAAUACCUAGCAUGGCCUUACAACCACUUCUCUCAACUUCUUAAUUGUUGUGGUUCUGUUCGCCGAGCUGGGAAUUUGUGUUCCAGACGUUUCGUCCCCUGUCUAGGUGAUAUCCUCAGUGCUUGGGAACCUCCUGUGAAGCGUUUCUGUGAUCUUUCCUCCAGCAUUUGUGGUGGUUUGAAUCUGCCGCUUCCGGUUGUCAGUUCCAUCUGUCCGUUGCAGUGGUCGGUAUAUUGGGUCCAGGUCGAUGUGCUUAUUGAUUGAAUCUGUGGAUGAGUGCCAUACCUUUAGGAAUUUCCUGGCUGUUCUCUGUUUGGCUUGUCCUAUAAUAGUAGUGUUGUCCCAGUCGAAUUCAUGUUGCUUGUCAUCUGCCUGUGUGUGGCUACUAAGGAUAGCCGGUCGUGUCGUUUCGUGACAAGUUGGUGUUCAUGGAUGCGUAUCAUUAGCUGUCUUCCUGUUUGUCCUAUGUAGUGUUUUGUGCAGUCCAUGCAAGGACUAGCCACAAGGAAAGAUCACAGAAGCGCUUCACAGGAGGCUCCCAAGCACUGAGGAUGUCACCUCGACAGGGGAUGAAAGGUCUGCAACACAAAUUCCCAGCUCGGCGAUCAGAACCACAACAACAAGCACCCGAGCUACAAAUCUUCUCACAAACUUUGAACCUCUUAACUGUUUCUACAUUGUCAGACUACUUGUCUGACGUCAAUAUUUGAUAAGCAGAAAUUUCCUCCAGUGAAAUACUGGGAAAAUUAAAGACAUUUAAAAAUCUGAAAAUGAGAGUCUAAUAAUGAUCAUAAAACUGUUGUCAAUUAUCAGGAAAACCCAGCUAGUUCACUAAUGCUCUUUAUGGAAGGAAACUAUUGCUCUCACCUACAUGUGACUCCAGACCCACAUCAAUAUGACUGACUCUUCGCAAUAAAUGCUGGCCUAGCCAGUGAUAUCCACAUCCUGCGAAUGAAUAAAAAACAAAAUCUCUGUUAUAAAAUUUGUUCCCUGGACACCAACUCUAAUGUUUUUAAUAACUGAGUCUAAACCACACCUUUUACAAUCUUGAUGUUGGAAUUUGACCCCAAGAUAGCUGUUGAUAACCUAUCUGGGUCAUCAGUAAAAAUGUCUAUUUCCUCUUCCAUAACAUCUGAUUCUGCUACUGUCUUAAAUUAUCUGUUGCUGAAACUCUGACAUGUGUCCAUGUUAGCUCCAGAGUUGACCAUUCCAUUCCUGGUUAGUUUGACACAUGUUCCAUUCUCUGAAAUUUAAGGUCAUCCAAAACUCUGCAGCCUAUAUUUAAACUAGCAUUCAGUCUUGUUCACCCAUUGCCCCUGUGAUUACUGAUCUCCUAUUGCUCCCAGAUUAACAAGGUCCUUUUUUAUAUAAUUUUUGUAGCCUUUGUAUUCAAUUCCUUCCAAGGGUUCUCUACUUCAUAUUACUGUAACCUCAUCCAGCCUAUAACAAAGAUAUCUUCAAGUUUUAGCUUCCUAACCAUCUGUGACCUUAAUCUGUGACCUUAAAACUGAUUAUUGUGCCUUCAGCUGAGAUGACCCUAAAUUCCUGCCUUUAAUCUCUAUGCAUCCUUAUUUUACUUUUGUCUUUGAAGAUACUCCUUCAAACACAUCUCUGACCAAACUUUUAGUCAUCAUCCAUAAUAUCAUGUAUUUUAGUGUCAAACUUUGUUUAGAUUUUGCUUCACCUAAACACUUUAGAUCUUUUUAUAACAUUCAAAGUUCCAGAAAAUACAAGUUUUUGGUGGAGUCCAGAACCAGAAGUGGUCAGUGUAAAGUAGUAACUUGUGAACCCAGUAGAACAUUUACAUGUCAUCCCUUACCAUUAAUAGUAAGGUGGAAUAGUCACCAAAAGGAGUUGUUGAGAUAAGUAGCAGAUGCAUUUAAGGAGGAGCUAGACAGGCACAUGAAGGGAAAGGAAUAAAAUAUGUUGAUUGGUUAGAUGAAGAAAUCUGAAAGGAGGUUUAUUUGAAGCAUAAAUGCUAGCAUUGACCUACUAGCGAGCAUUUAUGUUUUCAAUUAUAUGUACAUCCCAGCAUGUCACUGAGAAUCUGUAUACUGCUUUGGAGAAAAACCUAAAAAUAACUGAUAUCAAUACAGAUGCCCAUAAAGCUCUGAGACUAUUGUAAAAAAACAACCGUUUCAUUAAUGUCCUUUGGGGAAGGAAAUAUGUCAUCAAUACCAAUAGUGGUAAUUUAGCUUAUUUGUGACUCCAGUCCCAUGCUGAUGUCUGAUCAUUAAAUAUCAUCUGAAAUGAUUUGAAAGAAGUCCAUAGUCAUUUUCAGUGCAGAUACAAAUAGUUAGUUAGUGACUCUUGCACCUUGAUGCAGAAAAUGUAUAGGAGAAUGUGUUGCAACUAACAUUUAUUUUUCUGACAACUUAAGAAAAAUGAACUUUUUCUUGGCCUCUGUGGGGACAAUUUUCAAUUCAACUUGUGGAAAGGGCUUUUUUAUUCCUCUUGGCUGUUACAUAUUCAGUAAAAUU